GCUUUAUUCAUGCAUCCGUAUCGCCUGAACAGCUCCCAUCGAGCACCCGUGAUCAAUGCAUAUGUCUCGAUUGCACAUGCACAUCCAUAUCAUGGAUCCUAUAAGAAGAUUGUCCAUCCACUGCCAAGUUCAACUUGAAUCUCUCAAGUCGUCUUAUCACUUACACCCCGAGCAUGUCUAUCCCACUUAUCCCACACAUCCCUGAUGAGCUGCAGAAGGGCGUCAGUGUUGUCGUUGAGACGAAGUACGGUCCUGUCAAGGGUGGCAGAACCACGAAUGGUGCUUCGGUGUUCUUAGAGUUGCCCUACGCGUUGCCUCCCGUUCGCUUUGAGGACCCAAAGCCUUUGCCUGUUAAUUAUCGUUAUGAAGACAAGGAUUACAUUUAUGAGACCAAGCACUGCAUCCAACCUUCCAAUGAUGGACAGGGUGCAGCAACGGCACCAGUUGAUCGUAAGGGCUACGGAGUGCCAUCUGAGGACCCCCUCUUUGUCAAUAUUGCGUGUCCUUCGACAUCUAAACCUGGGGCAAAUCUUCCAGUCAAAGUAUACAUUCACGGAGGAUUCCUUCAGUUUGGUUCGCCUCAUGGCUUGGGCAGCCAGUCCCAAUACGCGGCCGAGUCAAGGAAGGAAAUUUAUGUCAACAUUGGCUAUAGGCUCUCGGUGCUUGGUUUCCUUGCCUGCGACGAGCCCAAGAUAGACGGAAAUUUUGGCUUCAAAGAUUCAUGGCUAGCGCUUCAGUGGAUUUCGGAGAACAUUGCAUCAUUUGGAGGUGACCCAAGUAAUGUCCAACUUUCUGGGCUGUCUGCUGGUGCCCAUGCCGUGCACCAAAUCUUGCACCACGUUUCACACCUGCCACCAGGGCAGAAUUCUCCGUUCCGUUCGGCUCACUUGCAAUCAAACGCAUUGAUGACCGUUCCUAAAACCGCGUCGGAGCUGAGGCCAUCCUUCCAAGCCCUUUGCCGCUCCCUUAAUCUCGAUCCUAACGCUCCUGACAUUUUGGAGACUCUGAGAGACCCUGCAAAGGUUCCUAUCACAGCCAUGAUGAAGGUGAUAGAGACGGACGAAGUUGGUGUCGAACACGGCACGUACCGAGGGUGUCUUGAUGGCAAUUGGAUUCCUACUACACCCGACCCGAUGACUUGGCAACGGUCGGGAGACCUCGCUCGUGCUUUGCGCGAGAAAGGAGUCAAGAGCAUUGCUAUUGGCGAUCUGAGCGAGGAGUGGUACCUUUACGCUAUCGCGCAUCCGGUUCGAGGCCCACAGGAUGUAUUCCCUAACGUCUUGCGGUACUUCCCACGUCCUGUGGUUGAGAACCUCGUGAAGAUGUAUCGGACGCUCCCGAGUACAGCAACUAUCGAAGAAUCGAUGAGGCACAUGGGAGACAUCCUAAGUGAUGGACAGGUGCACAUCCCUGUGAGGAUCUUCAUGAGAGAUUUCCAACAGGUCGGGUUCCCAGUCUUCAGAUAUGUAAUCCGCUGGACUCCGGAACAAUUGCGUCCAAAAGGAUUGGUAACGCAUGGCACCGAUCGCUGCUUCUGGGCUCUGCGUAUUCCGAGCAUGAAUUAUCCGCAGACGAAGAAGGCACUUGAAUGGCUUGACGCAUUCGACAAGGAGAUCGCCGCCCUCGAGCAGCAGGGCAAGCCAACGCACGAGCUUAAUGAAGCUCUUACCUUGCAGGAGGACCAGAGCAUCGUGUGGGCAGAAGACAAGAGAUGGGCCGAAUUAAUGAACGUUGCGAAGAUUUUACCUGGUGAAUCCUGAAUGUCGCUGGAUUUCUGCACUCGUGUAAUCUAUGGAAUGAUGAUGAUAAACUUCAAGCUAAAUAAGGCUCAACAUAGCAGCG